AAGAAUUUAAGGCAGGCUUACUUAUUUCUCUGAUCCCCAUUGUGGUUACCAUUGAGAUCAAUGAAAUUAGUUUGACUUAAAUUUGUUGGAGCAAAGGGGCUUAAAUGACUAUUUUCACCACCUGUUUGCCAUAAUCGGAAAUGCUCUCGAAAUAUGUCGACAGGAGAUGCUUGUUGGUAGUGCUGGAUUCGUCAAGUUAUCUCCAGUAGUUUUCGAGAAAAUUCGUUCAUCAUCGUUGCACAAUUGACUUGAAGGAACCCUGAAAAAUGCAGAACACAGGAAAACUGAGAGGUAAAACAAUAUUCAUAACUGGAGCGAGUAGGGGAAUUGGUGAGGCAAUAGCCAUUAAAUGUGCUAAAGAUGGUGCCAAUAUUGUUAUCGCAGCUAAAAGUGCGGAACCUCAUCCAAAGUUAGAAGGAACCAUUUACACCGCAGCAGAUAAAAUCGAGGAAGCUGGAGGAAAGGCUCUUCCUUGCAUUGUAGACGUGAGGUAUGAAGAACAAAUCCAAAGUGCUAUUGAAAAAGCAGUGAGUAAAUUUGGUGGAAUAGAUAUCGUCAUCAAUAACGCUUCCGCCAUAAAUUUGAGCGGUACAGACGAUUUAGACGUAAAAAGAUACGAUCUUAUGCAGAAUAUAAACACUAGAGGAUCUUUUCUUGUAUCAAAAUUAUGCUUGCCGUAUUUGAAGAAAAGCCCUCAUGCCCACAUAUUGAACUUGUCUCCACCUUUGGAGAUGAAGCCCAAAUGGUUUGCCCCUCACGUGGGAUACACGAUUUCGAAAUACGGGAUGAGCAUGUUGGUCUUAGGAAUGACGGAAGAAUUCAAAUCGUUCAACAUUGCUGUCAAUGCUCUUUGGCCCCGAUAUGGAGUUCAAACAGCUGCUCUCGACAUGCUUGCAUCGAAGGAGAGUGGAAAUUACGCCAGAAAACCAGAAAUAAUGGCUGAUGCUGCUUACGCUAUAUUGGUGAAGGAUCCGAGACAUCCAAAGUCUUCAGGCAAUUUUUUUAUUGAUGAUGAAGUGUUGGAAUGCGAGGGUGUUACAGAUUUCGAUCAGUACUGCGUGGAUCCUGCUAAUAGAGAUCAACUAAUCGAGGACUUUUUCGUGAGCAAAUUGUAGUAUUGUGGAAUUUAUUCGAUGUUUUUUUUUUUUGUGGGGAGUUUUUUUUUAGGGUUUAUGGCCAUAGGAUAUUUGGGAAAUGAUUUAAAAGGAUGAUGGAAAGAGGCAAUAUAAUAUAUUUUAUCCAUUUUCAUUGAGCACUUGUGAUUAACAAACGGUUGGUUAUUCACUGAUUAUCAAUAAACAUUACACUUGCGAUUAUAAAAUUAGAAAAUAUAGAAAUAUAUAUUUCUUACAAAA